GAUACAUAAAACGCUGCUGGCACACGCACAAGCACGAUGAAAGUAAAUCAAAUCAUAGGCAGUUAAAUCUCUGCCUGCAACAUUCUGAGUUCGACAGACAGUGAUAACCUCAAAUCAUAUAUCAUUUGCUGUUUCAGUUCCCCUCUUCCACUCUUAUCGUCUUAGGCCAAAUCUUCCACAAUGUUCCACAGCAGCAGCAACAACAACAACAGCAACAACAACAGUGUGUCGAUCUCCGUCUCGGAUGACGAACCCGACGAGCUGGGUCGGAUGCGGAUCCGCGCGCGACGGAAGCGCAAGAAACUCGGGAACAGACGAUUGCUGAGGAAGCUGCUUCUCAGAUACUGGAUGCUUCUCAUCAUUGUUCCCACUGUGGGUUUGCUCAUAUUCGAGGCCACCCGAAUUGCCCGAAGUCCUAGUUUAAACAUAGAAAUACCCAUUAAUAAAGCUGAUAGAUCUAGUCCCACAUUUCGCAAGGAACCCCCCGCAAACUUGAAUCGCCUCGAUCCCACCACCCAUGUUGUCGCUGGUGUCAGAGAACGUUGCUUGAAGCUCCUACCACCCGAGAAGCUUGAGCAACUGGAUAUCCCUGUGGAAGAAGAAUCUUCUAGUGUUCCUGUUGGUGAAGUUUUAUACAUGUCAGAGAGUGAUCGGUCUUUUGUAGGAGGGAGUGUUACGUUGUCUCAAUUGCGUACAGAGGACACGAGGUUUAAUUUGUUUACUGGAAAUCAAACAUUUAAGCAGAGAGAUCAAAGUUUUGAGAAGAAAGAAACAAUGGCGAUACAUUGUGGGUUCUACAGUGUGAAUGGGGGGUUUAAGAUAUCUGAUGAAGAUAAAAGUUACAUGCAAGGUUGCAAAGUUGUUGUAUCUACUUGUGCAUUUGGCGGUGGAGAUGAUCUCUAUCAACCGAUCGGAGUGUCUGAGGCUUCGCUUAAGAAGGUUUGCUAUGUAGCAUUCUGGGAUGAAAUCACCCUGAAAGCGCAGGAAUUAGUGGAGCGCAGAAUUGGGGAAAAUGGAUUUAUUGGAAAAUGGCGUGUUGUUGUUGUUCGGGAUCUUCCUUUUGCGGACCAAAGGUUGAAUGGUAAAAUUCCCAAGAUGUUAAGCCAUCGUCUUUUUCCUCAAGCAAAAUACUCAAUUUGGGUAGACUCCAAGUCCCAAUUCCGGAGAGACCCACUAGGUGUGUUGGAAGCACUCCUUUGGCGCACAAAUUCUUUACUUGCUAUAUCAGAACAUGGAGCUCGCAGUAGUGUCUAUGAUGAGGCUAAGGCUGUUGUCAAGAAGAACAAAGCCAAGCCAGAGGAAGUUGAAGUGCAACUGAAUCAAUACAGAAAAGAUGGCUUGCCUGAAGACAAGAGAUUUAAUGGGAAAAAAGCUCUAUGUGAAGCCUCUGUUAUCGUCAGGAAGCAUACACCAGUAACUAAUCUAUUGAUGUGCGUCUGGUUUAAUGAGGUGGCUCGCUUCACUUCCAGGGAUCAGCUCAGCUUCCCGUAUGUCCUGUGGCGGCUGAAAGCAUUCAAAAAUAUCAAUAUGUUUCCUGUCUGUACCCGCAAGGAUCUUGUCAAUAGUAUGGGCCAUGUCCGCAAGGCCAAACCUUUGCAAAGCUGAUUUAAUAAAAUUUGUUCAAAGCAAUGAAUGCCUACCUGCAUUUUCAUCUAACUCAUUCCUUACUUCAUUAGUUUCUUUAGCCAAUCUGAAUCAGGUAUAUGUGUUUUUUUUUUUUCUAUCUCACCCCCUUUUCUCUCAUAGCCAGUGAAUGAUUAUAAUUUGUAUUUAGUAUUUACUGUUUACUGUGAGUUCUUUGAUUAGGUUAUUUCAGAAAGGAUAUAGAAAGGCAAAUCAAACAAAAAAGAGAUUUUGCUUUGGACCUGUUUCC